AUGAUAUGGAAUGUUUACAAAUAUAUGCCACUACGAAAAGAGGGAGGACGAUAUUUAACCACGACUUUUACCACCAGUCAUCUCCAACAACUCCGGUUUAAAUCAUUUCGAACUAUUGAUUUAAGUUUUGGAUCACAUGAUCAUACUAAUAUCCCUGAUAAAAGAAAAGAUAAGAUUUUUUUCUAUAAUUAUGAUAAUACCAGUAAGAUUAAAAAUUUGGAUCGAAGGUUUAAAAUUCUUAAUAAAUCCCAAACCAAAAUUCUUGAACUUGGAUUUAUUCCUAGUAAUUGGUUAAUAUAUAUUCGUGAUACUGUGGCAAGGCUUCAUAAUUUAUCUGAUCCAGAAAAAAUUCAUCAAAAAUGUCAUAUAUUAGGAUUUGAUAUUUUAUUUGGAUCACCACCAAUUGGAGUUUCAAGUAUUCAAGGGAAUAUUUUUUCAAAAUUGGCUCAUAAGAAUAUUGUUAAUCAUUUUAAAGAAAUUUCUUGGACUCAAUUACGGGAUCAACGUCAAUUAGAAUUGGAUAUUGAUCCUAAAUCAUAUUUUUCAAGAGAGCAAGAUGAAUCAAUGAUUAUUGAUAAACAAAUUGAACGGAUUGAAGCUGGACUUAAAAAUAUCACCAUGUCACAAUUAAAACGUCAACAAUUACUCAGUAAAAGAGAUUCUUUAUUACCUGAUUAUAGAAUAGAUUUAAUUUUAUCUGAUUUAUCUAAACCAGGUUAUCAACAAUCAGGAUUUUAUGAUUUAACUGAAUCAAAUCCUUAUUAUCGAUAUAAUAAUAAUAAAGGAUUAAAUCAUUCAAUUUUACAACCAAAUAAAGCCAAUUUUGAAUUUUUAGAUGCUGCUUUAUUAUUAAGUUGUAAUUUAUUAAAACCUGGGGGUAAAUUUGUUGCCAGAUUAAACGAAAUUGAUCCUUAUGAUCCCGAAACGCAUUUAUUACAUGAAAAAUUAGAGAAAGUUUUCAAUGAUAUUCUUGAAAUAAGAAAUUUUGGACAUAUCAACAACAACAACAACGAAACAAGUUUACUGAUUCAACCACCAAUUGAAAAAUAUUAUAUAUGCGAUGGUAAAAAAAAUGAUGAUGAGUAUGACCUUAACGAUAUUUUUAAACAAUAG